CCACUUCUUAUACACCCUUUUCAAUAUGUUCUAUGCUUCUAUCAGUUUCUCACAAAAUCAUUUUUCUCUCUCAGACACAUUCAUUAACAACUUCAAAAAGAUUCAUCAUCAUAAUAAAGCACUUGAUUUUUAGUUACUAGACAUCAUUUAUGGCUUCCUUUUGGUCAUUUUUUGCAAUAUUCAUGGCCAUAAUAGCAUGCAAUUGUUCAUUAUCUUUUGCUUCUUCAAAAAACAUGCAUGUUUCAGCAAUUUCAGCAGCACCAACUACAUUACCAGAAUCUCCUCUCUUCUCUCCUGCAAUGUCACCUGAUAUGGAGCCACUUUUUCCAUCUCCUGGAGGAGCUGCUUUCUCUCCAUCAGAUUCUUCAUUACCAACAAUUCCUUCAAGUCCUAGUCCUCCAAAUCCUGAUGUCACAACUCAUCAAGGGCCUGUUUUCGCUUUUCCGCCGUCCGAAUCUAUGCCGGCUGUAGCUCCUUCUUCCAUGAGUUCAUCUCUCCCUAUGUAUUCAAUUUUACAUUUUGUUAUAAUGUUAAUUUGCAUUAUGCAGCUUUGUGACAUGUGAGUAUAACAUGUUGAUGUUUCUGUUUGUUUUCUGAAAACAUGUUAUUUAAGCAUUGUCUGUUCUCAAAAUUUAAGACUAGUUAGUGAACAUUUUAAGUGUCUUUUUUAUGAGUAAUUUGAAUGUAGAAAUAAUAAAUGGAGAUAAAUUUUUGUUAUUGUUCUAUGA